UGACGUAAUCAAACCGCGACACAAAGGGCCGUUGCCGAGGCGGUGGUUUAAUGUGGGCGGGUAAGUUUUGAAAAGGCUUGUCGAAGGAAGCGUCGCCGUUUCGGGGUGAAGAAGGGGUGUCAUGACCGGUCGUAAGCUGUCGAAAGAAAAGAAGCGGCAUCGCUCCCGCUUGUGUUGCCCAGAGGAAGGAGGUGGCAGCGAGAGGAAACGGCGGAGCACCGACUCGCUCCACGGCCUCCAGGAGGAAGCAAAAUGCACCACACAAGUUCCAGAAAAGGAGGAUGCGGGAGAAGAACACACUGAUAUCGAGGAAGGUGGACUAGAUCUCAGUGUGCAACUGAAACCAGUUAGUUUCUAUAUCACAGACAAGAAGGAAAUGCUUCACCAGUGCUUUUGUAUCAUAGGAGAGAAGAAAUUGCAGAAAAUGCUGCCUGAUAUUUUAAAGAACUGUUCUAUAGAAGAGAUCAAAAGGCUUUGUCUUGAACAGUUAGAACUCAUGUCUGAGAAGAAGCUGCUGAAAAUUCUUGAAGGUGAGAAUGGGGCUGACUCUGACAGUGAUGAAGAGAUUGAUGGUGGUGAAGGGAAGACAGCAAUUGAAUCAUUUAGUCAGCAAGACAAUAGCAUAGAUUCCACUUCUUCUUUAAAGGAAGACAACAGGCUGGAAGGGUUGGACUCGAAACAAGGCAAAGGAGAAGAUAGUGACGUUCUCAGUAUCAAUGCAGAUGCAUAUGACAGUGACAUUGAAGGCCCAUGUAAUGAAGAAGAUAAUCCAGAUGUGCCGGAGAGAACUGUCAGAAGUGGAGAUGGUCAGAUAGAUGACCUUCAAAAAGACAUUGAGAAAAGCGUGAAUGAGAUCCUGGGGCUUGCCGAAUCCUCCCCAAAAGAUUCUAAGGCAGGAACUUUAGCAGUUCCUCCAACAGAUGAUGUUCAGCCAUCAGCACAGCAGCUGGAGCUCCUGGAGCUUGAGAUGCGAGCCAGGGCUAUUAAGGCCCUCAUGAAAGCUGGAGAUGUGAAAAAAUAGCCCCAGGACUGUUCCAUUUGCAAGAUGUCUCUAUUUGUUCUGAUAGGUGUGAUGUCAGCUUCCUUCAGUGCUAAAAUGUAUUUGGACUGGAUUUGACAUUCCUCAUUCAAAUUCUUUGUGUAUCCUGACCUGUGGCUGAAAUAGUUGAUGGCAAUGUGUAAUUGCCAUCAGUAUGCUGCUUCUGUGACUUACACAAAUGGAUGGGUUUGACAUAGUUUGACUCCCCUCUUUAAUUUGCCCUGGAUUAUUUCUUGACAUGGAUUAGGAUCCAAGAGUUUUAGGAACAUGCAUAUUUAGCUAAAUUCUGGUGCCUUACAAAAUAAUACAAGAACAAGAUAGAAUGUUCACGAGGCCACCACCAGCUUUCUGGAGAUGUUUGGGUUACUUGACCUAAGAGGCUCAUUUAUGGUGGAGGAAGAAGUGGAAGCAUUGCUCAUGGGAGAUGGAGAGAUACAGUUCACAUGGAUUGAGAAAGCACCUCAGAAUGUCUUGCACCAGUCAUUGAGACUUGGAGGGAUCAGUUGUUAUGGACCCUAAGCAAGGUCUGAAAAAGUCAACAGUAGUGUGUGCUGCCUCUGACCUAUAUGGCCCUGCGCUGAGAGAGCAAAGCUGGUCACUGCCUCUAACUUGGCCAGCCCCUUAAUGGGUCUGGAUUCUGAUGUGUUCACCUCUGGAAUUGGUUAUAGGUGUUUGUAAUCCCAGUAGUUUACAAUUAAAAUUUACUAUUUGUUAAA